CUCUCUUUUCUCUUCAGUUUAUUUCGUGUACUGAGUAGGAAGUAUCUUAAAUCCAAAGGAGAGCCAAUACCAGCAAUAACUGGAGCCCAACCCACCAGCCCAACCACACCUACUUCACCUACCACACCCACAGAACUGGCUGACACUGAGACACUCCAGGAGAUAUUGUUGAUGUUAUUAGAAAUCAUAAAUUCGAGUUUAACGUACACGCUUCAUGUUAAUCCACACUUUGUGUAUUCACUGCUUUAUCAACGAGAGAUUUUCACACCUUAUCAUGGCCGACCAGGUUUUAUAGACCUGGUUAAUAAUAUUGAAAUGGUUAUUACAUUUUUUGCGAAUAAUGUCGAGAAGGACGGUACUCCUCCAUUUUCUGCUCAAUUUGUGACUGAUGUCAUUAAAAAAUAUUCAAAAACAUGGCCAAGAAGCAGAUUAAGAAAAUUUUCUGAGUUAAAGUUCCGUUAUGUUGAAGAAUCCCAACCUGAUGAGUUCUUUGUUCCUUAUGUUUGGUCAUUAGUUCAAAAACACUCACACAUACACUUUGAAAUUAAUAGAAAAUCAUCACCAACAUGAUACCCUCUUCCCCACAGAUCUUUGUGUUUCUUUAUCUUCUUUCUCUGUUGCACACACUAACUCUUUUCUCCCUCCUCCCUGUCUCUCUCUCUCUCCUUCCUCUUCUCAUAUGAUUCUUCCUAAUAGGAUAGUAAUGUCACUAUUGGUUUAAGUGUGAUUAAUUAAUCAUGUCAAAAUAAUUUUUUUAUUUGUA